GUCACGGGGCUGCGAAGGUGGGCGGAGCCAUAGCUGGACACUGCUAACGCUGAUACACUGAAUUUAGACUUGCGCUUCUGCGCUGAGACUUGUGUCUCUCCCGACUUUGGUCCACACCGGCGUCGACAUGAACCACUAACCGAGCGCGGACCUCCGCGGUUCCACCUGCAGCUUCACCAUGAUGCCUAUGACGUUUGAGGUGUCCAACAAUGUCACGCUACUGUUUGACUUCUGGGAGGUCCACAGCGCUGCAGAAACAGCAGAGCAGCAAACUACACAGCUUUAUAUGAGGCAGAAAACCAGUGAUGAAGAAUGAAUAACAGAAGACAGGAAGUGUGAUGGAAAGAGGGUUCACUUGAGGAUGAAAUUCGGGAUGGCGGUGUCUGUGAUCGUGGUCCUGCUGCUCACGGUCUUCUACGAGAUCCUCAAGGUGUGGAGGGUUUGGCUCUCCACUAAUUCCAUGAUGCACAGAAGCCAGACUCCACCCCCCUACACCAGGUCUUCAUCCAUACAGACCGACACUAACUCGGUGCUGGAGUCUGACGCCCCGCUGGCUCCCAAGGAGCAGCGCUCUUUCUUCCCCAAAACCAGGAACAGCUGGCUGCUGCACGUGGUCCAGACCCUGCUCCACCUGCUGCAGGUGGUGCUGGGAUACAUGCUGAUGCUGUGCGUCAUGUCCUAUAACACCUGGAUCUUCCUGGGCGUCGUCCUGGGCUCCGUCCUGGGCUACUUCCUGGCUUUUCCGCUCAUCAGCCACACCCAGUGAUGGAUUCAUCACCGUCACGAGGGGAAGUCGAAACACUGGAGGGACCUCAGGGAGGGAUUCGAGAUUCGGGAUUUGCUCACUCGCCACUGUUUUUGAUAGAAAGGCUGCAACCUCUCAGCUGUGUGCAAAAAGUGCCAAACAUUAGGGUGCAUGAGCAGGUAUUUGAUGGACAGUACUUCAUACUUCAUCCUGUAACAUACUGUGCACCUAAAAGUGACCAGUUCCCACUACAAAAGAAGGAAAUGGUGGAACUGAAAACUGACCCACAUGUAGAGCUGCAGUGAAGAUGUGCCUUGUUGUACCAAUAAAAUGAUGCGAACUGCCGACAUUUAGCUUCAGAUGAUGCAGGAUUACAGUCGUUGAACAAGGUUAAACCAUGAUGUGUGAUAGUAAUGUUCCCAUUGCUUCUUUAAUGAUGUAUUUCAGUCCAGCUUGUUGUCAUGAUUGAUUAAAUAUCAUCGCGUUGCACUUCCUCUUCUUGCAUUUUCCUUCUGCCUUCAAGGAUUUUUUAUGUUUGCGACACAAAAUGAGUAAACAAAACCACCAGAAAAGGCUGACAAGAAUCUACAUGUGUGGGGUGGGGAGGAAGGUGAAAAUAAAACGGGUCCAUGACUUGUUU